GCUCGCACAAGGGUUACCUCGAGAGCUAGAGAGAACAGAAUAGAGAAGAGUCUACACAGUUACAACAGGAGAUCUACUAUUGGACCUACCUACCUGUGUAUUAUUCUAGCAGCCGCGCCGAGGGAUCUACUGACUGGAGUGAGUAGUCAUGAGUGUACCUGGUGCUGAUAGUGGAGAUGUGGAGCUUGUGAGAGUGGGCGGGGCUCCGGCCGUCCUCAACGUCAGUACACACCAAGAACUACAGAGAGGAGACUCACCUCAUCUCAGGUUUGAAGUGGCUGAUGUGGAUGAGGUACCCCCCGGGGAGAUGGACGUACCCCCCACAGGGACAGGGGACCUCACACUGGGUUACAACACUGCCGAGGCCGUACCCAUGACACUGUAUUAUAGACAGUCUGCUGACACUGCAGAUAAUAAGCCACGCCCCACUCUAGACCACCUCCGUGAGGGACGCACUGACACUAUGAACCAGAGCCUCACAGCAGAGGAGGAGGUGGACGGAGGUGAUGAGGUAGCUCCCCCUCCACGCAAGAAGUGGCAGAUAUGGAAAAAGAACACGUCCAACAAACCAAAGAAGCCCAAGAAGUUUGGCUGGAUUGCUGGAGUCCUAAUCCGCUGCUUGCUCAAUAUAUGGGGAGUCAUGCUCUUUAUUCGAUUGAGUUGGGUGACUGGCCAAGCUGGUAUUGGAUUGGCUUCUCUUGUCAUCCUACUGUCCACCGUUGUCACGGUAAUCACCACCCUAUCAAUGUCCGCUAUAUGCACCAAUGGAGAGGUCAAAGGUGGCGGUGCUUACUAUCUGAUAUCCAGGAGCCUCGGACCUGAGUUUGGCGGAGCUAUUGGUAUACUGUUCUCAUUGGCUAAUGCUGUUGCCAUAGCGCUGUAUGUGGUGGGGUUCGCAGAGACUGUCGCUGACCUCAUCAUCGAGAAUGGAGUUAGUUUCACUGGAGAUCGUACUAAUGAUAUUCGUGUGGUUGGAGUCUUGUUGAUCAUAUUGCUACUCAUCAUCACUCUCAUAGGCCUUGACUGGGAGGCCAUUAUUCAGAUUGUGCUGCUUGUUAUUCUUCUUGUGGCCAUCACUAACUUUGUCAUUGGUACCUUCUUGUAUCGUGGUCCAGACUCUCAGGAGACACAGCGAGGGUUCACAGGGUACAGUGGUGAAACCUUUACUACCAACUUUGUCCCAAUCUUCCGCCCUGAGUCAGGUGAUCUCAGCUGUGCUUCAGGUGAUGGGAUCGGUUGUUUCUUUGCAGCAUUUGCCGUGUUCUUCCCAGCAGCUACUGGAAUAUUGGCUGGAGCUAACAUCUCAGGAGAUCUCAAGAACCCCCAGACAGCCAUCCCUAAAGGCACUCUCCUCGCUAUUGGUAUCACCACAGUGGUGUACCUAGCUGUGGCCUGGGUUGCUGCUAGCACUGUCAUCAGAGAUGCUCCUGGGGAACCCGCUCAGUUCCUGGGAAACUUUCUUAACAACACAUCCUGUAACAAUCAAACGGUGUUCAUUAACACUACCAUUGCCAUGGGAGAUACUUGUGGGAUCACACCCUAUAACUUCACGGCUAACUUCGGGUCAUGUGAUCUAGAGUGUGCGUGUGACUAUUGUGUAACAGUGGACUGUCUCUAUGGCGACAGUGAGCCGGCUAAUCUACGCUCCUUGUGUGAUCCAGGCUUCCUGAGUCUCAUUAAUAAAACCUCGUGUGAUUUUGGCCUCCUCAACAACUUCCAGGUGACAGAGAUGGUGUCUGGCUUUGGUCCCAUCAUCACUGCUGGUAUAUUUGCUGCCACCAUCUCCUCUGCCCUCACUAGCCUCGUGAGCGCACCCAAGGUCUUCCAACGUGUGUGUCAGGAUCGCAUCUUUCCCUUCAUCCACAUCUUUGCCAAGGGGGGUGGGCGCUCCGGGACUGAGCCAGUACGAGCAUACUUCCUUGCCUUCUUUAUUGGCGUGGGCUUUAUCCUAAUUGGCAGCCUGAACGAGAUAGCAUUGGUCAUAUCCAUAUUCUUCCUUAUGGCCUACACACUCAUCAACUACUCGUGCUUUGCUGCCUCCUUUGCCAAGUCACCAGGUUGGCGUCCAGCGUUCAAGCUGUACAACCAAUGGGUGGCACUGGUAGGUGCGGUAAUCUGUCUCGCUAUCAUGUUCAUCAUCCGCUGGUACUACGCUCUUAUCACACUGGCUAUUGUGGCUGCUCUGUACAAGCUACUAGACUUCCUCAAGCCAGACGUCAACUGGGGAUCCUCCACUCAAGCGUUCCUCUACAGCUACUCUCUCAAGAACCUCCUCAAACUGGAGAAGCUGGACAUCCACGUCAAGAACUUCAGACCUCAGUUCUUGGUGUUGACUGGCCCCCCCUCCUCAAGACCUGACCUCAUACACUUUGUGUCUCAUAUCAGCAGAGACUCUGGAGUCAUGGUCUGUGGGCAAGUCCUCCUGGGAGACUACGAGGCACUCAGGAAGCAGCUCCAUUCUCAGAACCUCCUGCAGAUUGCUUGGCUCAAGAGGGAGAAGGUGAAGGCCUUCCACAAUAUAGUAGCUGCUCGUACACUGCGUGAGGGAGUACAGAACCUAGUACAGUUGUCAGGGCUGGGGAAGAUACGGCCUAACACUUUAGUAGUGGGUUUCAAGAACAACUGGACCAAGUGCUCUGACUUGGAGAUACAAGAAUACGUGUCGCUGCUCUACGAUGGGUUUGACUCACAGUUUGGUGUGGUGAUAUUUCGGCUGAGAGCUGGUUUUGAUGCCACUGAGAGGAUGGAUGUGCAAGGCCAGCAGGAUGGUGAGAGUGUGGUCAAGCGCCGCCCCACACUCGAUAUCACAUCCGUGCCUCUGAUGGAGACCACGCCCCCUCCGUCCACCUCUUACUCCGACGUUCCUCUACCCACGGCUAAAGUACAAUCUCGUUCCCCAUUCCUGGGUCAAAGAUCAUAUCAGCCCAUCAAUGACGAUGAUGUGAGCUCAUUGGACAGUUAUAGCCGUGCUAUGGAAGACGAGGGGAGAUUGGAUCAGGACGGGGAAGAUCCUGCUCUAGCAGAUCAGGAAAGUGCUGAGUCAUCACAUCCUGAGAUAGUUACCAUGCCUUCUCGUUUUGAGAAGUCUCAGGAGAAAGGAUUCAUCGAUGUCUGGUGGCUCUAUGACGAUGGAGGACUGGCCAUUCUCCUGCCUUUCCUCCUCUCUCGUAGUCAGAAGUGGCGUAAAUGCAAACUCAGGAUAUUCACUGCUGGUUCCUCUAGGAACAUAGACCAAGCUAAACUAAGGAUGACUGGACUAUUGAGAAAGUUCAGGAUUGAUUUCUCUGAAGUGAUUGAAGUGCCUGGAGUCAACAACCGACCCACUCCAGAGAGCAUUGAUAAGUAUCAUCAGCUGCCACUUGGAGAGGCCAGCUCGGACCUCAAGGAGUUAGACAAGAAGACACUGCGACACAUUCGCCUGGGUGAGCUCCUCAGAGUAUACUCCAGUGAAGCCAAACUCAUUGUCAUGACUAUAUCAGUGCCUCAGCGCAGUGUAUCUGCUCGUACCUACCUGAGCUGGCUAGAGACACUGAGUGCAGACUUGCCGCCCGUUCUACUCAUGAGGGGCAACCAAGCAUCAGUGCUCACAUUCUAUUCAUAGUCUGAACUAUUAACUAAUGACUAUUAUUCUGAGAUUAGGAAUAUUAAGAGUGGUUAGAUUGUAGAGUUGAAAUUGAAUCAUUAUUUUAUCAUUUUG